AUGGAAACGGUCGUCAGUGAAGCGAAGACAGAACCGACAGGUAUUACAGAAAUUCUCAAUGUAGAGGAGAGAAUUGCGCAGAGACGCAGUACCCUUCCAUCUCUGGAUCUACCUGAGGCCUCUGGGGGAAUUCCCUUUUCGAAAAAUAGUUCUUUUGUGGAGGCAAAUGUCGUGGCUGAUCCCAACGUCUGGAAUCACCGUUUCACUGGAACAUUUACUACACCAGUUGCAAAUGUGGCUGCAGAAGAGAAGUCAUUGACUUCAACGAGCCUCAAACCGGAUAGACCACCCACUCCUGAGGUAUCUUGUUGUUCUUUAUUUUUCAGUUAG